AUUCAUUUUUAAAUUUGAACCCAGUAACAGACUUUUCAUCGCUACGUUUGUAUAAUUAUCUUAAAAUUCCCUAUUUUCAUAAUAAAAAUUGAUUAUAGAAGCCUAUCAACUAUAGUUUAGUAGUGUCAAAUCGCAUGAAUUGUCGAAAAUAUAAAAAUUGUUAAAACAUCAUUAUUUCAACUAUAAAAAGAGUGUAAAAGAUUGUUAUGGCAUCAGCAAAUGCAUCUGACUGUGUCAAAGUAGCGAUUCGUGUUCGUCCUUUUGUUCAAAGCGAACUCACGCGAGGAUGCGAAAACAUCAUUGAAAAGACUCCCGACCAACCUCAAUUGGUAGUUAAAGGAGAUUCUUACAGCAAACAUCAGGAUUGUUAUACUUUUAACGAUGUUUAUACGCCUGAAGAUAGUCAACUUGAAAUUUAUAAUACUUCAGUUCAACCAAUUAUUGGUAAACUCUUUGAAGGAUACAACGUAACGAUCCUCGCUUACGGACAAACGGGAAGUGGAAAGACUUAUACAAUGGGAACAUGUUUUGAAGGAAAUUGGGACAAUCCAUGUACAGGAAUCAUUCCACGAGCUUUGAAGGACAUUUUCGUUAGCGUCAAGGAACUUAAAGAAAAAUCCUGUGAAGUGACAAUGACUUGCUCAUUCAUGGAGUUGUAUCAAGAGAAUUUAUAUGACUUGUUAUCAGGAAAGUCGAAAGAUCAAUCGUUGUGUGAGAUUCGUGAGGAUUCAAUCAAAGGAAUCAUCAUCGCUGGGUUGACUGAACAACCAAUUGCAAAUUCGACUCAGGCAGCUCAAUGCUUAAUGGAAGGUGGGAGCAAUAGAACUGUUGGAGCAACAGCAAUGAACGAUGUUUCAAGUCGAUCUCAUGCAAUAUUCACUGUCAAUUUAAAAGUCAAGUCAGAAGAAGGUGGAACAACAAAAGCGAAAUUCCAUCUUGUUGAUUUAGCUGGCAGUGAACGAUCUAAGAAGACAAAAGCCACAGGAACUCGUUUUCGAGAAGGUGUAAAGAUUAAUCAUGGAUUACUUGCUCUUGGAAAUGUCAUUUCAGCACUUGGCGGCGGGACAGGGACAACUGGUGGUUACAUAAGCUAUCGUGAUUCUAACCUCACACGACUUUUGCAAGACUCACUUGGUGGUAAUUCUGUGACUUUAAUGAUUGCUUGUGUAUCGCCAGCUGACUAUAACAUUGAGGAGACUCUCAGCACUUUACGUUAUGCUGAUCGAGCAAAGAAGAUCAAAAAUAAGCCAGUUAAGAAUCUCGAUUCGAAUAAAGUGGAAAUUCAACGAUUGAAGGACACAAUUCGUGAUUUGCGUGCAAGUUUAGAUGAAGCACGUUCAGGGAUUAAACGUCGCUUGUCGACUUCCGGCGUUUGUGACGUGAAAUGCAUUAAAGAGAAAGCAGAGAAAGAUGCAAAAAAUUAUUCGUUACGUCAACAAUUAAGUCAAUUAUUGACCACAGUUAAUGGACUUAACUCACUUCAUUUAAUGGAAGAAACUUUUCGCAAUGAAUUGAUUGAGAACUUUGAAAAGCUUCGAGAUUUGUUGUUGCAGACAUGUCCAGCUGAAUUUGCAAUUCCUGACACGAAAAUAUUCGACGAAAUCAAUGAAAGGACAAAAAUUAUCGACGAACUCAUCAAGAAUUACAAUCAUCAGAUGCAAACGUCGCCGGAAGAUGAUGUUGAGUUGACUGAGACUCAUUUCGAUGACGAUGCAAGUAAUCAAAAGAUGCUCGAAUACACCGACACACAAAUGCAAGCACUGCAAAAGAUUAAAACAUUGGAACGUGAAAUGAAAAUCAAGCAAGAAUUGUUGGAUCGCAAAUUCUUAAAUGCUCCAUUUUUGAACGAUGAAACUGAAAAGACAAUGUUGGAGUAUCAAACAAUGAUAAAGAACCUCGAGAAAGAUCUUGAAGAGUUGCGUGCAAAUCCCAAUCAAUCGUCAGCAGCACGUCGUGAUCACAAUGCAACGAAAGUCAACAUGGAUCGGAAACAUAAAAUAGAAAAGUUGGAGAAAGAUUUGUUAGAGAUGCGUAAGAAAUGCAGUUCUUUGGAAAGAACGAAGAAACUUGCUGAACAAGAUCAUAAACGCAUUGAAGAUUUGAGAAAAGAAAUUCUACAAAUGAAAAGUGCACGAAUUCAACUUAUUCGUCAACAACGAACCGAUUCAGAGCGUUAUAAGAAAUGGAUUGCAUCGCGUGAUAAGGAAAUCAAUGCUUUGAAGAGAAAAGGCGAUAAAGUUCAGAACGAGAUGAAACGAAUGGAACAAAUGCAUGAACGACAACAAGCUGUGUUGAAACGCAAAGUUGAAGAAGCGAAAGCUGUUAACAAACGACUUCAAGAUGUUAUGGAUCGUCAUAGAGCAGUUCAAGCAAUGAGAAAAGGUCCGAAUUCUUCGGAGAAAGAUGACGACGCCAUUCAUUCGUUUGUUGACAAUGAGUUGAUGAUGAUCAUGUCGACGAUUGAUGCAAAAAUCACGAUGCAGUCGUUAAUGAAUGAUCGUGGAUUGUUGAAUGAACGUCUUUUGAAUCUUAAAGCGACUGUCAAUAAAAGUGAAUCGAUUGAGAAUGAAAUCGUUCAAUUGGAAGAAGAUUUGGAAGUUCGUAACUCACAAAUUGCUGAAAUUCGUCAAAAGAUUAUGGAAUCCGAUCUUGAAGCGAAGUUGAAAUCCAUCACAGAUAAUUUCAAUAAAGGUCCGGAACUUAAAACUGCAAUGACGUUCAUCAUUCGUGCUUUGAUUGAAUGUCGCGAAGAUUUUACAUCAAUUAAGACGAAAGUUGAAGAUAUGAAGAUGGCAUUGGAGACAAGCGAGGAACGCGUCGAUCAAUUGAAUCAGCAAAUGAAAGACGAGAAAGAGAAAUUCCAACAAUUAAGCGCUGAAAUGGAACAUGACUUUGAAACGAAAGUUUCAUUGAUGCGUAAAAUGUUUUCCAAUCCUAAAGAUGCUGAAGAUGUUUCCGUCAACAAUCAGAACAAUCUCUUUUCAAUGUCACGACAAUUAUGUGACUUUGCUGAUAAAAAUUCUUAUCUGCAGACACGUGUUGAAGAGUUGGAGAAAGAAUUGGAAAGAGUUCAAAGUGACCGUCCAAAAACGAAGCGUCAGAAGAAAGUUUUAGAUGAAACAUUCAACAAAGAUGAUGUCGAUGUCAUUUCAGAUAGCGACGAUUCUGAUGAGUUCGACUUCAACGACUCAUUUACUGAUCCGGAAUGGCGCAAGACGCCAGCACAUAAAAGAUCGUCGAAAAGUAAGCGAACAACGACGUUGCUUAAAGAAAGCGUCACAAAUCGUAUGGAUGGUACUGGAAUCUUGAACAACAUCAGCGAAACAAGUGAUUCCAGUUCAACAACAAAACGUUCUUACGGCGGGCACACCAAAUGCAGCUGCAAAGGGAGUUGCGCAACUAAACUAUGCGGUUGUAAGAAAGCCACAAAUUUCUGUUCGGAUUUGUGCAAAUGUUCCGAUGCGUGUCUCAACAUUCCUGAUGAUUCGAUUGAAAGAAAUGAAGAAGUUAAUGGCGAUGCAGAGAACGCCACAGAAACUCAUUCUUCACCUAAAAGGGAACGGACAAAAUUGGAUUUCAGUGAAAUCGCAACGCCUUAUUAUCCUUAUCAGAGUAAGAAGCGUAAGCCAUUAUUGGAGAUUUGA